CGUCAUCGCUGCCGUCACCGUAGGAGAGAGAGACCUCAUAGAGCGGCGGGCUGAGUGAAUAGAGCCUACUUUUGUUGUUCUUGUUGUCCGUGCUCCGCUCCUUCCUCCCGGGGGAAGCAGCAGCAACGCGGUCAGAAUGUACGUAAAAUAUGCAACAGACCAAGCGCAAUAUAGUUGACGGCAGACGCUGAUUUUUGAAGAUGGAUAAAUGUAGACACGUUGGCCGUUUGCGGCUUGCCCAGGAUCAUUCCAUCCUAAAUCCUCAGAAGUGGCAUUGCGUUGACUGCAACACUACAGAGUCUGUGUGGGCCUGUUUAAGCUGUUCACAUGUAGCGUGCGGACGAUACAUUGAGGAACAUGCACUGCGUCACUUUCAGGAAAGUAAGCAUCCUAUGGCACUGGAGGUGAAUGAACUCUACGUCUUUUGUUACCUCUGUGAUGAUUAUGUUCUCAAUGACAAUGCCACUGGUGACCUUAAACUUUUGCGAAGUACAUUGAGUGCGAUUAAAAGUCAAAACUAUGACUGCACGACACGCAGUGGUCGAACUUUGCGGUCUAUGGUAGCUGCUGAUGACUCGUACCUGUCUCAUGAAGGUGCACAAGCCCUCCUUCAAAAUGAAGACCGCGCGUUCACCGCACUCUGGCACCGGAGACAUGCUUUGAUGGGGAAAGUCUUUCGAUCUUGGUUUGCUUUGACACCGAAAGGCAAACGAAAACUGGAACAAGAGCGCUUAAGGGAGGAGGCUGAACAAAAGAGAGAGCAGGCAAGGGAAAGAAGACAGCUGAUAAAACGAAGGCUGAAAGAAGAAAUGGAAAGCACUCCCCCUAGAAAGAGUUCUCGCCUGCAACAGCAACUGCAGUCUCCUCCCGAAACUGUAUUGUCUGACACGCAAAAACAGAACCAAAAAACAACUCCUACCACAAAACACCCAUCAGCACCUACCUCGGAUGAAGUGAACGUGAAACAAAUAGGUGAUUCGCCAAUAAAAAGGAAACCCACUGUGACCCCUGGGGUAACGGGACUGCGAAACCUGGGGAAUACCUGUUAUAUGAACUCCAUUCUUCAGAUCUUGAGUCAUUUACAUGUUUUCCGAGAAUGUUUUUUACAACUUGAUCUUAAUCAAACUCAGGAGUUAUUGGCUGCUGCAGCCAAUGGUAAAACAAGAUCCUCCAACAAAUAUCCACCUGCGGUGGACUUUACCAACCCUAAACAAAAGCACACUAAAGUUGCAAGGUCUUUGGCAAGGCGUCACAGCUUCUCCUCUGGCCUUAGUGGGGGGGCAUCAGAUAGUACAAACAUGGAACUCAUUCAGCCCAAGGAGCCCAGUUCAAAGCACAUAUCUUUAUGCCACGAGUUGCAUACCCUUUUCCAAGUCAUGUGGUCUGGUAAGUGGGUGCUGGUUUCUCCCUUUGCCAUGCUACAUUCAGUGUGGAGACUCAUCCCCGCCUUCCGUGGAUACGCGCAGCAGGACGCUCAGGAAUUCCUCUGUGAACUUUUAGAUAAAGUACAACAAGAACUGGAAACUACUGGUACACGGUACCCAGCCCUGAUUCCCAGUUCCCAAAGGAAGCUCAUCAAGCAAGUCCUAAAUGUGGUCAACAAUAUUUUUCACGGGCAACUUCUCAGCCAGGUUACAUGUCUUGCCUGUGACCAUAAGUCUAAUACAAUUGAGCCAUUCUGGGACUUAUCUCUGGAGUUUCCUGAAAGAUAUCAUUGCAACUGCAAAGAGACAGCCUCCCAGCGACCUUGCUUGCUUACAGAAAUGCUGGCCAAAUUCACAGAAACAGAGGCCUUAGAAGGGAAGAUCUAUGCCUGCGAUCAGUGCAACACCAAACGCAGGAAAUUUUCAUCAAAACCAGUUGUCCUUACAGAAGCCCAGAAGCAGCUAAUGGUCUGUCGAUUACCUCAGGUCCUGCGACUCCACUUGAAGAGGUUCAGGUGGUCAGGUCGCAACCAUCGCGAGAAGAUUGGGGUCCAUGUCCAGUUUGACCAGAUGCUGAACAUGGAGCCUUAUUGUUGCAGAGAAUCUACUUCAGCCCUGCGGGCUGAAUGCUUUAUUUAUGACUUGUCUGCUGUAGUAAUGCAUCAUGGGAAAGGAUUUGGUUCUGGGCAUUACACAGCUUUUUGCUACAACCCAGAAGGAGGUUUCUGGGUCCAUUGCAAUGACUCAAAGCUUCACACAUGUUCAGUGGAAGAGGUCUGCAAGGCACAAGCGUACAUUUUAUUCUAUACCCAGCGAGUCACUCAGGAGAAUGGACAUUUGUCUAGUAGACUUUUAGAACAUGUCACUCCGUCUGGCUCCCCACUGUCCACUCCAUGCUGAGGGAAUGAUAACCCCAAGUAAAUGAAAAGGAAAAAGGCAACUCCGUGUCUCGGAGUUCUGUCAGAUCAGCCAUCUUCUCUUGUACGUGUAUAUACCUUCUGUUACUUGUUUACGUAGAGAGAACAGAAGACGACCAUUCUACACUGCUGAGCUGUGUGAUGGGGCUGCCAUAGCUCACUCGAUAUCACGCAGUGUUUAUGGAGGAUGAAAUUAAUUAACAGUACUUAAAGUAGCAGAAUCAAAAGUUCUUGUAAGCUCCAAGAUUGUAAGAAAAUCUGUUGUUUAAUGUACAAUAUGUUUAUACUUUUUUGUAUGGAAUUAAGCACUCUGAAAAAUAGAAUAAAAUGAUUUUAACAUUUUGUA